AUGUCAGCAGAAGCAAUAACGCCACAACUGAGACAGAAGGUGCUGGAACAACUUCGAGAAGUAACAUCAGCACGCAAACUUCCGAAAUCUCCAGAGGAAAUUGAAAAUCUUAUGCUUGAGAAAUCACGUGGUGUUAAAAAGACUUAUCUGAAUCUUUUGUCGAAGGUUAUAAACUCAGGUACUGGCGGAUCGAAUGUUUCAGCUAACGUCCAUAUUCCUUCAAAUGACCCCAAUAUUCAGAUGCAGUCUGUUGGGAAUAAUUUUCAGAUGAGUGGACAGCAACAACCACAACAAUUAAUGAAUACUCAAAUAAUUUCCUUGCCACGUUCUGGACCCACUUCAAUCCAAUCACAUCCUCAAAUCCUUCAAGUUAUGCCACAAAAUAUGCCCAACAGCAUAAAUAAUAUGCAGCAAAACCAUAAUCAAAUCAAUCGUCCUAGAUAUACUAUCAGUUCACAUCCAGUUCAACAACAAUAUCAAUCUUAUCCUCAAAAGAAUAUUAUUCAACAAGAUGGUACUGUUAUAGGAUCACAGCCGACACAUUGUGUUCCGAUUUCAACAAUAGCCAAUCGUGUUAUUCUACCCUCCGGUGUUGCAGUGACCCAGUCAGGUCAAAUUAUCCAAUGCACGACUGGUUCUGGACAACAACCAGUCCUUAUAUUCCAGCAACCUCAGACACAGUCUAUUGCACAAAUAACUGCUGCAUCCUCCGUUGACCAAUCUAUUCCACGUCAGACAAUUAUUAGUUCUCAAGCUAUGGGACCAUCCAAUUCUAUUAAACCAGUAGUAUGUCAACAGGACAAUAUAUAUGUGACAACAUCCAGUCCGAAUGCUGUACUCUUUCGAACAUCGAAUUCUGGUUGUCUUACAGUUAUUAAUCCAUCAGGUACUACUACUGCUACUACGAAUAAUAAUAAUAAUAGUAGUAGUGAUUUAUCCAAUAUUAAUAAUACAGGGCAACAAUCACUACAAAGUAUUAAUGAUACUUCAUCAAGUAUAUCUACUAUAUCAGGGACAACUGUUUCAAAGCCUAUUCUUACAGUAUUACCAGGUCCUGCUGGUACACAAGCAAAAAUUAUACGUCCAAGUAUAUCUCAACCAUCUAAAGUUGGCAUUAUUUCAAACAGUCAAAUUCAGCCAAGAUCAAAUACACCAGUUAGUCAACAGUAUCAACCAAGGCCAAAUAUUCAAUCAAAUAAUAAUAAUAAUAACAAUAACAAUAAUACUACACCUGGAGUAUCAAAAGUACAAGGUUUUACACAAGCUGAGGUACAACAAGCAUCAGAUAAAGACAAUAAACCACCAGAAACAUCUACUAGUAGUGGUAGUAGUAGCAGUAGUAGUAAUAAAAAAGGCGGUGAAGUUAAAUCCAGUGAAGUUCAAGCACAAAUUGUCAAUGGUUUAACUGAUAUUGCUAAUCGUUACUUGUCAACUGUAAAACAUGCUAUUCAACUAGCAUCUAAACGACCUGAAGCUGCUGGUUGUGUACGUAAAUACAUUAAAUUAAAAGAUAUCUUAGAACAUCCUGAAGCAAAUCUAAAUGUUCUGUCAUUUGCUCAACUUCCAUUAAUUGAAAAAUUAUUACAUGAAAUUGAAAGAAAUCCAAUGCAUUUAGUUGAAGAGCAUUUACAACAAUACAUCGUCAUCAUCAUCAACACAGCAGUGAACAACACAACUGCAGCUAAUACAACAACUGGCCAUUCUCAGUCACAGAAGCAAGAGACUCAACAACAACAGCAACAACAACAAGUACGUCAUCAGUUAAAUCAACAGUCUGCUCAGUCUCAGUCUGUUGUCGCUCAAGGUCAGCAAAGACGUGGAACUGCUGUUAUAAAUCAGCCGUCACCAAACCGUUUUCAAGUUCCCACCACUAAUUUGAACACACUUUUAUCCCAACCAUUCGGUGCUCCCAGUCCAACUGGUGCAUCAGACAGUCAACAACAAAAUGUUCAUCUUCGAUCAACUACGCAAUUCUCUCCUGCUGGUGCUAAUCUCAAUGCUUCCAGUACUCAUAGUCCAGACGUUUCGACUGCACCAAUGUCUGUACAUGGAGUUGGGGCAGAUCAUAACCGAUUGCCACAUGUAAACCGCAUUGCUACCUCGGCAUCGUUACUUGGACAAUCUACACAAAGUAGUACUGGACCAACAGGAUUUUAUGCCAGCUUGCAGUCAAUAGCUACAGAGUUUGAAAAAAUGUCUGAUCGUAUGUCACAAGAUCGAAUUUACUCUCGUCGUGUUUUUAGGGCAAUUCAAGAAAUCACAUUAGAAACAAAACCAUUUCGUGAAAGUAUUGGAUUUCAACUACCAGAAGAGAAUCUUCAAUUCAUUACUAAAAGUAAUAAAAAUGAUGUUACUGACUUUGCAAAUACACCUGAUCCAUUGACGACAACAAGUAAUGCUACUCAUGAUAAUGAUUUUAUUAUAAAUCCAUUAAAACGUAAGCAUUCUUCUGGAAGUAGUAUUGAUCAACGAAAUAUUCCAGCAAGUUCAAAUCCAAAGUCAGAUGAUCAACCAAUUCGAUUGGAUGAUAAUUUAUCCUCCUCCUCCCCUUCAUCAUCAUCAUCACCGCCGUCAAAUGAUUAUGAAUCGAAGGCAAAGAAAGUUUGUUUGAGGACAACAUCACCGAAUAAUAGUUCAAUAGGUGGUAAACCCAGUUCACUGCCACUACCAACUAGUACUUCAGGUGAACUGCAUACACCUACAUUGACUGAUAAAGAUAGUCCGGAUAUUUUAUUAUCAUCAGCAAUAGAGAAAUCUGAUUGUCAAGGGGGUUCAGAUGGUUCAGCAAGGAGGGCAUACGAGAAAUUAUUUUUACAUACAGAUAUAAUUUAUAAUCCAGAAGCUGAUCCACUCGAACACUUUCCUACAGAUCAGUUAAAUCGUUUAAAUCCUAAAGUUCUUACUGAAAUAUCAAAAUUAAAAGAAUUAGAUAUUCACGUUGAAGGCAAUUCUCAUCCACCGUCAAUUGAUGAUAUGGAAAGUUAUGCAACAUGUUUAGAUGCUGGUGAAUGGAAUACAAGUUGUCAUUUAAAAUUAAAUUAUAUAAAUAAGGAGUGCUAUUUACCCUGUCAACUACCAGAAUUCUAUGUUCGCCUAACUUCAGAUUACUUACAAACUGGUCACUUAAAUUGGUAUUAUUUACCAAAAGUGAAGUAUUUACAACUUAUAAGUAAAUCAGUGAAGUGUAAUAAUGAAUUGAAAAGUGCUGAAAAAUACUUGGAUAUUUACUAUAAUGAAUUGGAUAAACAAUUUGAUCAAGUUAGAGCAUCUUCUGAUCGUCGAAGAAGCCUAUUGACUAUUGGUAAAACAUGGAAUAAUGUCAUCUGUACAUCAGUGGCUCGUUGGUAUAAAAUAGACCGUGAUUUAUUGUCAAUUGCAGCUGGCAAAUCAUCAUCAUCUACACACAAAAAAGGUCUACUGGCCGCCUACUAG